UUUUUUUCCACCCACAAUGCACAGUUCCUAACAAUAUGGCCGCCUGUUGUUAAGGGUUGCUGGAAUUAUUAUUAUUUUAACUUUUAAUCAUUAUUGUUCAAUCAUAGUUGCAAGGGCUGGCAAGUAUUGGAAAAAUACAAAACGAUUCGACAAUACUACAUCACAUAAUGAUAUUAUAUUGGGCUGCUUUGAUAGUGUUGCAACUAUCAUUAGAGGCGUUUGCACUAGUGCAGGAAGAGGAUGCAGCAGCAGCAGAAGAAGAUUUUUGGAGUUCUCUUUAUUACACGUGUUUCAUAUCGCUAUGGCAAAACAGAGUCUACAUUUACUCUGUGGGAGGUGUAUGCGUUGGUGUUUGGAUGCUUCUUCGGAUGAUUCUGACUAAGAAGAAGAAAGAGAUCAGUAAAAUUGGCUCUGCAACUUCAUCCGUCAGUCAUGUGAAGGAAAAUGGCCAUACGCUCCAGAAAGAGCAGGAGAUUCAUGUCUCAGGGGUGAAGAUUUUCUUUGGGUCUCAGACUGGAACAGCAAAGGGAUUUGCAAACGAUCUUGCCAAGGAUGUGGAGACUUUGGGUCUGCCUGCUGAAGUCAAUGACCUGAAGGGUUAUGAUCCGGAUGACAGUCUGCCAGAUGAGACUACAAGCAGAGCUGUUUGUGUGUUCAUCCUGGCCACUUAUACAGACGGGCAGCCCACAGAGAAUGCAGAGUGGUUCUGUAAGUGGCUGCAGGAAGCAUCAAAUGAUUUCAGAUAUGGCAAAUCAUACCUAAAAGGUCUGAGAUACGCAGUGUUUGGAUUGGGAAACUCUGUUUACAUCGGCCACUACAACACUGUGAGUAAGAACGUGGACAAGUGGCUGUGGAUGCUGAGUGGCAGCCGGAUCAUGACCCGUGGACAGGGAGACUGCAACGUGGUGAAGAGCAAGAGCGGCAGCGUGGAGGGAGACUUCAAGGCCUGGAAAUCCACGUUCCUGAGCCGCCUGCAGGCUCUCGUGAGGGGAGAGAAGCAAGCUUGCAGUGGGGACUGUAAGAAGGGAAAGUGCAAGAAUAAGAAGCACCAGCACAGUGAGGAGAACAAGCAGAACGCCGGGACACAGGAGGAGCACAGUUCAGAGGAGAUUUUUGAGACCAGUAGCGAGGAAGACUCCAGUCACGAGGAAGAAGCCUCUCGGGGAUCUGUGAUUGAUGUUGAAGAUCUGGGCAAUGUCAUGAACCAUAUGAAGAAAGCCAAGAAAAAAAAUGAAACCGAGGUCAAGCUGUCCAAACAGGGUCCUGUGAAAAGUGAGGACGCAGAGGCACGGGAAAUGAUCACACCGGCUCUCCGGGACGCUCUCACAAAGCAAGGUUAUAGGCUGAUAGGAAGUCAUUCUGGUGUGAAGCUCUGUCGGUGGACCAAGUCUAUGCUGAGAGGUAGGGGCGGCUGCUACAAGCACACGUUUUAUGGGAUCGAGUCUCACCGCUGCAUGGAAACAACUCCUAGUCUCGCUUGUGCCAACAAAUGUGUAUUCUGUUGGAGACAUCACACUAAUCCAGUGGGUACAGAGUGGCGCUGGAAGAUGGACCAGCCUGAGAAGAUCCUGCAGGAGGCCAUUGAAAACCACCAGAACAUGAUCAAGCAGUUCAGAGGGGUUCCUGGUGUAAAGGCAGACCGAUACGAGGAAGGAAUGGCUGUGAAACACUGUGCGCUGUCCCUGGUAGGAGAGCCCAUCAUGUACCCAGAGAUCAAUCGAUUCCUCAGGCUUCUACACCACCACAAAAUCUCCAGCUUCCUGGUGACCAACGCGCAGUUCCCCGAGGAAAUCGGGACCCUUGAGCCUGUAACACAGCUGUAUGUCAGCGUGGAUGCCAGCACCAAAGACAGCCUGAAGAAAAUUGACCGGCCGCUCUUCAAGGAUUUUUGGCAGCGCUUUCUGGACAGUUUGAAAGCCUUGGGGGACAAGCAACAGCGCACCGUGUACAGACUGACUCUGGUUAAGGCCUGGAAUGUUGAUGAGCUGAGAGCCUACUCAGAACUAGUAACUCUUGGCAGACCGGACUUCAUAGAGGUUAAGGGUGUAACUUACUGUGGUGAAAGUUCAGCCAGUAGCUUGACCAUGGCUAAUGUCCCGUGGCACGAGGAGGUCAUCCACUUUGUACAACAGCUUGCUGACCAGCUACCCGACUACGAGAUCGCCUCCGAGCACGAGCACUCAAACUGCCUCCUGAUUGCGCACAAGAAGUUUAAAGUGGAUGGCGAGUGGAGAACAUGGAUAGACUACGAGAGGUUCCAGGAGCUGAUGAAGGAGUAUGAGGAGAGCGAGGGUGCCAGGGUCUUCUCUGCAGCAGACUACAUGGCCAGGACUCCGCAGUGGGCAUUGUUCGGUGCCAAGGGGAGGGGCUUCGAUCCAGCAGAUACCCGCUUCCAUCGGAAAAACAAAUCAAAGGACAUCUCCGGCUGCUGAUGUCCACUUUGUUGAUCUGCCUCUCUGCUGCAAACAGAAUUUAAGCUGUCCACAAAAACACACAUUUUUUUAUGUCUCUGGUUUUAUUGCAUGAUAUUGAACAGUUGUUAUACCAACACUAAAUUAGCUUUAGGAUGUGGUUAUGAAUGGAUAACGAUAUUCACAUUUUGCUCAAGGCAUUUUUCUGAUGCAGUUUGGAAAUGUUGCAAGCAGGUGUGGAUAUUGCAGCAGCUAUUUGCAAACAAGGGAGCUGCUAUUCCAGGUUCUCUUUUGUUUUGAACUGCUCAACAGUCCGGUGGGUUUUAGCAACAGUUCACGGCACCGCAAUGAUGAUUUGAGAACAAUUAUUUUGCUUUGGAACCUGAUUCUUUGCUUCAGAAAUUCAGUCCUCAGUGACCUUGCAAUGGAGACCAAAUCCACUAAAGGCAAGAUGUUCCCUCAAAAUGUAAUCUGUAUUUUUAACUUUUUAUAGGGAAACUUGUUAGAGAUAUAGUCACCUUUUAUUGUCUUAGCUAGACAGUACUAUGCAGUUUCCAACCUGGACUUAUGGCCAGUGCAUCUCUUUGGUUGUACAGUGCUGUUUCUGUUCAUUUAAUGUUUUGGAUAGUGAAAUUCAAUCUGAGUGUAUUUUUUGGAGCCCACAAGCUUUCAUUCCCCCGUUUAGUUUUGUUGCAUUUGUUGCUUUUUUUUUUAAAAAACAUUAGAAUUGCUUCAUUUCACCGUCCAGAUAUGCUCGAUCUAAAUAAUUUGUUUCUGCUGUUUUUAUUUUCGGAGGAGACAGGAACGUCAUUUAGUGCCACAUCAGUGUGGAAAGGACUACGAAUAUACAGUUCCACUUCAGGUAAUUUCUGACACAUUUCCAACUGCAUUACGUAACCAUUCUCUGAAACUCACUCUCAUCUAUUCUACCACCACCAGAGCUCAAUUCAAACUCGGGUUGCUAGAGUGUAAACUAGUUUCAACAUUGCAACCCGGUUUGAUCAUCUGCUGUUGACAACCUUGCUGCAAUGAACGCUUCUAAAGAGAUCUUUAAUGAGCUGAUUAACCCAGCGUGAGGUUCAGGUGCAGUUAUCGUAUUAAAUUGUACGGAAGCUGCUAGCACUUGAAUACUUAAGAAAGGGAUGCUCAUGGAUGGUACCAUUGCACAUCAGCCUCUUGAAAUGGCCAUUUAGUCAGUCUGCUUAAUUACAGCAUCCCUGCUGAAUCCCACCCUAUUAAGAGAUGUAAGACCCCUUGAUUUUGAAACGGGAGUAAUUGAUCCAUCUUUGUUGGGUGUUCUUUGGUUAAUGUCAGGUGAAGAGAGAGUACAGGGCUGCAUUUAUUUGAACGGCUUUUAUUAGUACAGAAGUGGAUGCGAGCUAGAAAACUAAAACGGUAUCAAUGCUGCAGAUCACAUCCAUUAGGAUCACCUGUUUAAAAAAUACAAUAAAAUAAAAAGAAAGUCUCCAUUGUGUGAGCUGCAAUACCUGCCUUAAUCUGCGAGGUUCCAUUAGUAUAUGGAGCAGAAUUUGAGAUCUGUUUACUGCAGACCUGUAUUAAAACUGCAUGGAGACAGGAGGGGAGGUCAUUUUAAAUAAACACACACUGUUUAGCUUUAGGGGAAAAGUGAGCUCACUGAUACUGCUGAAGAAACUCCCAUAUGUGUUUUUUUAUAAAUACUUUUUUUGUCUUUUUCUUGUGUUUUUUGAUAAUGUUACAAUGUGUCAACUAGGAACAGGUUUUAACAGUGAAUAAAGGAGCUUGUGCAUGUG